AUGUCGAAGCACGAUCACGAUGCUCGCUGGCCGUCAGAGGGUAAUGGCGAGGGUGAAGGCGGCCGUGACCAGCACCAGCACCAGAGCCCAGAACCCUUGGUAACAGAGAAAAACGACGAUGCAUUCAUGGUGUCGACCGAGACGCUGGGCGAGAGUGACCACUCGCAACCCCAACAGCAACCGGACGGCGAGCCCCAGGAACCGCGGUUUGCCCAGCUGGUCCGCACAGCGACCGAGGUGAUGCUCGACUGCAAUCCCUUCCUCGACCUCGACCAGCCGUGGCUCAAUCCGACCUCGCCGCAGUUCGACAAGAAGCUGUGGGCCAAGACCUUCUUCCACACCCUCAAGAGCGAUCCACGCCGUUACCCGCAGCGCACCGCCGGCGUGUCGUUCCAACAGCUCAACGUGUCGGGCUGGUCGGCCUCGACCGACUACCAGAAAGACGUGGCCAAUGUGCUGCUGGAGAUCCCCAGUAUGCUGGUCGAAGCGAUUAACCACCGGAAGCAAAAGGUGCAGAUCCUGAAGGACUUUGAGGGGCUGGUCCGGAAUGGCGAGAUGCUGGUGGUGCUGGGCCGCCCGGGGAGUGGUGCUUCGACCUUCCUCAAAACCAUCGCCGGGCAGGUGCAUGGCCUGUAUCUCGACGCCGGCUCGGACAUCAACUACCAAGGCGUGCCCUGGGACAUCAUGCACACCCGCUACCGGGGCGAAGUGGUGUACCAGGCCGAAACCGACGUGCACUUCCCCUAUCUGACGGUCGGCCAGACCCUGCUCUUCGACGCCCUGGCCAAAACCCCGCGCAACAGGCUGCCGGGCGUGUCGCGCGACCGCCACGCCCACAUCCUGCGCGACGUGGUCAUGGCCGUGUUUGGCCUCAGCCACACCGUCAACACCCGCGUAGGCAACGACUACGUGCGCGGGGUCAGCGGCGGCGAGCGCAAGCGCGUCAGCAUCGCCGAGGUCGCCUUGGUGCAGAGUCCACUCCAGUGCUGGGACAACAGCACGCGCGGCCUGGACUCGGCCACCGCCCUGGAGUUUGUCAAGACCCUCCGGCUGUCCACCGAGCUGGCCGGUUCGACCGCCAUCGUCGCCAUCUACCAGGCCUCGCAGGAUGCGUACGAGGUGUUCGACAAGGUCGUGCUGCUCUACGAGGGCCGUCAGAUCUACUUUGGCCGCACCGAGGCCGCCAAGCAGUACUUUGUCGACCUGGGCUUCCAGUGUCCCGACCGACAGACCACCGCCGACUUCCUCACCUCGCUGACCAACCCGGCCGAACGCAUCGUCCGGCCCGGGUUCGAGAACAAGGUGCCCCGGACGCCCGACGACUUUGCCCGCGUCUGGCAGUCGAGCCGCGAGAGGGCGCAGCUUCUCCAGGACAUUGCGGCCUUCAACGAGGAAUUCCCGCUCCACGGGCCGUCGCUGGAGGAAUUCAAGGAGUCGAAGAAGGCCGAACAGGCGGCGUUGACGCCCAGUUCAUCUCCCUACACCAUAUCCGUGCCCAUGCAGAUCCGGCUCUGCAUCACGCGCGGCUUCCAACGCCUGCUCGGCAACAAAGCCUUCUUCCUGGUCACCGUGUUCGGGAAUCUGCUUAUCUCGCUGGUGCUGGGCAGCGUCUUCUACAACCUCCCCGGCGACACGGGCAGCAUCACCAGCCGCGGCACGUUGAUCUACUUUGCCAUUCUGUUCAACGCGCUGAACAGCGCGCUGGAAGUCUUCUCCCUGUACGAGCAGCGGCCCAUCGUCGAGAAACAGUCGCGGUAUGCGCUGUACCACCCCUUCUCCGAGGCCAUUUCGUCCAUUGUCACGGAAAUGCCCAGCAAGAUCCUGUCGACCUUCGCCUUCAACCUACCGCUGUAUUUCCUGGCCAACCUGCGCCGCGAACCGGGGCCGUUCUUCAAAUUCUUGCUGUUCGGCUUCACCUGCACCAUGGCCAUGUCGAUGAUCUUCCGCACCAUCGGCCAGACCACCCGCACCAUCCACCAGGCCCUCACCCCCAGUGCUUUUCUGGUGCUGGCCCUGGUCAUCUACACGGGAUAUAUCGUGCCGACCUCGGAGAUGCAGGAUUGGCUCCGCUGGAUCAACUACUUAGACCCCAUCGCCUACGGCUACGAGUCCAUGAUGGUCAAUGAGUUCCACGGCCGCCGAUUUCCGUGUGCCCAGUUCGUGCCCAUGGGCCCGGCUUACCAGAACGUCACUGGGCUGGGACGCGCCUGUUCGGCCAGUGGUGCCCUGCCUGGGGCUGACUAUGUGGACGGAGGUUUCUACAUCGAUGCCGUUUUUGGCUACAGUCAUGGUCAUCUCUGGAGAAAUCUCGGCAUCCUGAUCGGCUUCAUCUGCUUCUUCACCGCCACCUACCUAAUGGCAGCCGAGUUCAUCCACAGCGAACGGUCGAAAGGGGAAGUCCUAGUCUUCCGCCGUGGCCACGCGCCCAAAUCGCUGAUCAAAGGUAAAUCCUCGGCACGACCACGAGACGAGGAAUCCGCCGACACCGACACCAGCCUGGCUGGGGGCGAGAAAACCCUCGAACCGGCCGACGAGCCCAAAGACGAACCACUCCAGACCGUCAUUCCGCGACAGACGUCCAUCUUCCAUUGGAGAGAUGUGUGUUACGAGGUCAUGAUCAAGGGCCAGCCGCGACAGCUGUUGCAUGAUGUCGAUGGUUGGGUCAAGCCGGGGACAUUGACGGCGUUGAUGGGCGCUUCCGGUGCCGGCAAAACCACCCUUCUCGACGUCCUCGCCAGCCGAGUCACCAUGGGCGUAGUCAGCGGCCACAUGCUCGUCGACGGCUGGCCACGAGACCGAUCGUUCCAACGAAAGACGGGCUACGUGCAGCAGCAGGAUCUGCACCUGGCCACCGCCACGGUGCGCGAGUCGUUGCGCUUCUGUGCCAUGCUGCGCCAGCCGAGGACGGUCAGUACCGAGGAGAAGUACGCCUAUGUCGAGGAGAUUAUUAAGUUGUUGGAGAUGGAGAAGUAUGCCGAAGCGAUUGUGGGCGUUCCUGGAGAAGGCCUCAACGUCGAACAACGAAAACGCCUCACCAUCGGCGUCGAACUGACCGCAAAACCCGACCUCCUCCUCUUCCUCGACGAGCCCACCUCCGGCCUCGACAGCCAAACGGCAUGGUCGAUCGCCGCGCUCCUAAGAAAACUCUCGGACAACGGCCAGGCCAUUCUCUGCACCAUCCACCAACCGUCAGCCAUGCUCUUCCAGCAAUUCGACCGUAUCUUGCUAUUAGCCCGCGGCGGCCGCACCGUCUACUUUGGCGACAUUGGGCCCGAGUCUCAGACCCUCACUGGCUACUUUGAGCAGUAUGGCGCCCGGCCGUGCGAGCCGCGCGAAAACCCGGCCGAAUGGAUGCUGGAGGUCAUCGGCGCCGCGCCGGGUGCGACUGCUGUGCGAGAUUGGCCUGACACGUGGCGAUCUAGUCGCGAAUAUGCACAGGUUCGAACGGCGUUGUUGGAGUUGGAAGCGAAUGCUAGCCAACAACAGCAGCAAACAUCAGCAACGACGACGACGACAAACACCACGAUAACAGAGUACGCCGCCCCCUUGUGGACGCAGAUGCGUCUAUGCACGCACCGCGUGUUUCAGCAGUACUGGCGUACGCCGUCGUAUAUCUAUGCGAAGCUUCUGUUGUGUCUUGCGACGAGCAUCUUCAUCGGCGCUUCCUUCUACCACGCCAAAGUCACCCUCCAAGGCCUCCAAGACCAAAUGUUCGCCAUCUUCAUGAUCAUGGUCAUCCUCGCCUUUUUGGUCUACCAAACCAUGCCGAACUUCGUGGUCCAGCGCGACCUGUACGAGGUACGCGAGCGACCGUCCAAAACAUACGCCUGGCCCGUCUUCAUGGCGGCCAACAUCGUGGUCGAACUGGCCUGGAACACGCUGGCCGCGCCCCUGAUCUUCUUCCCUUUCUACUAUCUGGUCGGUAUGCAGCGGAACGCCGAGCCUGCCCACCAGGUGUCGGAGCGGGGGGGGCUCAUGUUCCUGCUGAGCUGGUGUUUUACGCUGUUCACGGCCACGUUUGCAGACUUGAUCAUUGCGGGGUUGCCGACGGCUGAGAUUGGGGCCAUUAUCGCCUUGGUGUUGUUUGCUUUGUGUUUGAUAUUUUGUGGUGUCCUCGCCACACCCGCCGCCAUGCCAGGAUUCUGGAUCUUCAUGUAUCGCGUAUCCCCAUUAACGUACCUAAUCGGCGGCUUCCUCUCCACCGGCCUCGCCAACAACGCCGUCCACUGUUCACCGCUCGAAGUGUCGACGGUCCAACCAGCCCCCAACCAAACCUGCGCCGACUAUCUAGGCCCCUACAUGCAAAUGGCCGGCGGCUCGCUGUACAACCCGGACGCCACGGCCGACUGCCAAUUCUGCCCGGUGGCGUCGACCAACGUCUUUCUGGCCUCCAUCUCGGCCGACUAUGCGGACCGAUGGCGCAAUUUCGGCAUCAUGUUCGCGUAUAUUUUGUUCAAUAUCGCUGCUGCUUUGGGCCUGUAUUGGCUGGCGAGGGUGCCGAAGCGGGGGCUGGGUUUGCGUCAGCGACUGGGUGCUUUGGCGAAGUUGGCUAAGCGGAAGUCUUAG